AUGAAGCUCUUGGAUCAACAUAGCAACAGAGGUGUACUCCCCUUAUCCCAAAGCACUAUAAAUGAGGUGAAACGGAAACACCCAGAGGCAAGCGAAGCCGAUCCUUCACUGUUAAUAGAUGGCCGGUUGAUCUGCCACGGGAAUCGCUGGAACUGUACCAACCACAUUAGGUGGAGCACUCACUUGGAUUGGCACUGGUGGUGAGCUGGCCACUUCGGGUUGACUGACCUCAACAGUGUCGGUGUCAGUGACCUCAACUGUGUGCUCAACUGCCGUUGGCUUCAACUGGUCGAUAUGUCAACGCCAAAUAAUCCCUAGUGCCACCUGCACCUCGUACAUCAGUGGACCUGUCUUGCUGAAAAUCAGUCCUGAGCGCCUUUUCAGAUCCCCUCGAUAAUCUCGUGACAUCACCGAGUCACCAACCUCUAACUGACCACGCUGUCUACCCGUCAGUUUAUUACGCCGCUCGUAGUAAGGCUUGUCUCCAUAUAUGCGAGCAGACCAUCCUUUCACGAUUGACUCGUACACCCUUGCCAGGUCUGGGUCACGACGUGUUCCUCUAGCAACUGCUUCACUAGUUACAGGUAGUUACAGGUACCCAAAUUCGCGAAAAUAUCCUUUAUGCGCGGCAGAGGAUACUGUUCAGCAAAAGGUACGGGAUCGACUGAGACCUUGAAAUCGCCACACACACGUACUGAUCCGUUUCGCUUAACUACUGGGACAAUCGGGGUUGCCCAUUCCCUGUAUUCUUCCUUAGAAAGAAUACCGUCCCUCUCUAAAAGUGGCAAUUCUACCUCUACCUUGGGGCGGAGUGCAUAUGGAACUUGGCGUGGCUUGCGAAAGCUAGGCUGGCAGCUCUCCUCGACCUUCAAAUCAGCCUUGUGGCCUUUAACUGUGCCCACACCCUCAGAAAAUACAGACUCGUACUGCUGCAACAACUUAUCCACUUUGCUUUGCAUGACCCCUUCCGGAGUCUUGCUGAGCUUAAGGGCUUUGAUUUCACCCCAGUUCAGCUGAAUUUUGGAAAGCCAGUCACGCCCAAACAAUGCUGGCCCCGGUGUCUCAACCAAUUGUAGGGUUAAUUCCUUUUCCUGGCCCUUGAACUUAACAUUACACUUUAUCUCUCCCUUAGGUGUGAUUUUCUGUCCAGUGUAGGUUUUAAAUGUUUCAAGGCUCUUUGCAAGCUUUAAACGACCAAAAUGCUCCUUAUACUGUUUAUAUGGGAGCACAGAGACAGCUGAACCUGUGUCUAGUUCCAUCUUGACCACCCCUCCCUGUACUUCGGGGUAUUAACCUUAGGGGAUCCCAAAUAAUCAUCUCUGUCCCCAUCAUCACUGUCCACAUAAUUUGCUGGGGGUUGGGCUGCUUGUGUCUCCAUUUUCUUGGAUUCACAAGCCCUUACAAUAUGGCCGGUCUUGUUAAAGUGGUGACAUUUUCCCUUUUUGAACGGACAACUUUUAUGAUCAUGAUUUCCCAAACAGUGGUAGCAACGUUGGUCACCCGGCUCUUUAGGGGAUGGGAAACCCUUUUUCUCUGAAGGCUUAGCUUCUUUCUUAGAUUCAGGCUUCUUGCUUGGCCUUGACUUGGAUAACAAAUCGACUGGGUUUAACUCUUUACCCCCCUGGAGAGCUUCAACAUCCUUGUAAGAUUGCUUAAUAGCGAUGGACUUCGCUACAGCAAUGUCAAAUGUCAGUUCCUUGAUUUUGAGUUUCAAGAGCUCUGACAUCAUUCUCUUAUCUCGAAUACCCGAAACCAAUCUAUCCCUGAGCCUUUCCAAACGCAUGGCAUCAUUAAACUUGCAAUCCGUAGCUAGAUGCUUUAAAACAGCAACAUUCUGACUCACCGUUUCGCCUGCGUUAGGGGCUUGGUUGUCAAACUCAUACCUGGCAACUAAGGCAGAUUUCUGGGGAUUCCAUUGCUUUUGAAGACGCUCUACGAUCGUGUCGUAAGUGAGAGAAUCUUCUCUUACCAAUAUCGGGGUCAUCAAGUCUUUCGCCAGUUGGUACGUUUCAGUGGGAAGAUUAGUUAACAGGACGGCUUUCUUCUGUUUCGAGUCGGUCACUCCAUUGGCCACGAAGAAAAAUUCUAGCUGUUCUGCAUACGCCUCGAAGUCAGCUCCCACUGCGAACUUCUGAACUUUGCCGAUGUUACGAAGCGGAUUUGGUGCCGCAUCAGACUUGUUUGGCAUCUUGAAACGUCGUAUGGAUCUUUUUUAGGAAUGUCUUCACUUUCUUCACUUGCUGUAAAAUAUCCCUUAAGAUCCCAUCCUUGUCGCCAAAAUUGUCAUGUACUGACGAGAGUUCGGAGAACACACCCGGACAACAUGGCAGUUCACUAGAAACACGUUUUAUUGAAUCUAUGCGUGUGCAUGUAAUUAUUAUAUAUGGUAAACGCACAGAGAGACCAUAACAAUCCUGAUGUGUUUCAAAAUAUAACACAGUCUUCCAUUGCAAAUGCAGCCCUACGGACAAGGGGGUCUAGCGGGCCCUUCGGUUUAGACGCUGAUGGGUGGAGGAGAAUAUUGGUGUUGAAGAAUUCUGGAGCCUGUGGUCAUAAUCUUAGGAGUGCAUUAGCCACCUUUGCCUAA